GGCGUCACUUCCGGGCUACCCCGCCCACGGCACAGUGAUUGUUAUGGACAGGUAGACACGGACGGUUUCGCCUUUUUUAACUUGGUUUUUAACUACCGCCUAAAAACCUCCACAGCUGGACUGAGUAGCUCGAGGGAGAGAAGGGAGGUGGUCUGGAGCGGGUCUAGAAGAGGACCGGUUUGGAGCAGAUUUGACCCGGCUUGUAGCGGGUUUUGUAACCGGGUCUGGACCGUUGGUAAAGAAGAGAAGGAGGGAAAGUUUGCCUCAGCUUCAGGUUCACGGUGAGAAAACCUUCAUCUGCUCCCUCUUUCCUUCCUUCCUCACCUUGUUCCCUCUUCACGUCUCUCACUGUGAGGGUGUCCAACGCGGUACCGGCUCGGCUUCCUGUUCAGCCUCAUCGAGGUCGACAGUCUCUGCAGGGCCGCUGGCAGUCAUGUUCAGGUAGAGACCGGCUCCACGGCGCCCACCAUGUGGAAGCAUCUGGACAAGAUCCGGUUCCGGGGCCAGAGGCGGGACGAGUUCCUGGAUCUGGCCGAUUCGCCCAAUACGUCAGACACAGAAUGCACCGAGGAGUUCGUGAUCAAACCUCGACUCGUCUCCAGAGAUUCGGAGGAGCUGAGAGAGGUGGAGGGAGAGCAGCAGAGUGACGCUCAGGCUGGUCCAGGAACAUUUUCUACAGCUCUCCAAGACGACUCGAGGACGGAUCUCAACGAGGUCAAGGGUCACCUAGAAAUCGCUUUGUUAGAGAAACACUUCCUACAGGAGGAGCUGCGGAAACUUAAGGAUGAGUCCAACGUGGAGUCUCUGAAGCAGGAGCUGGAGAGGGAGCGCAGCAGGUGCAUGGAGCUGGAGCAGAAGAUCAGCGACGUCAUCAAACCCAGACCUGAAGACUCACCUUCUCAGACGCCUAAAGCCCCGCCCCCUCCUCCACCUGCAGUCACCAGCACAGACAAACAGAAGGACACUUUGUCCGACAGCUUCCUGAAGGGGCUUUACGACCGCUUUGGCGUUUAUAUCGAGGACUUCCGCUUCCAGCCGGAGGAGCAGACGGUGGAGGCGGACGAGCCGCUGAGCGCCAAGAGGUUGACUGAAAACAUGAGACGGCUCAAACGAGGAUUCAAACCUGUGACCAAUUUCAAGAGGAACCUUACUGCCUUAUCCAGCUGGAACUCCGUCUACACGUCGGCCAUCGCCUUCAUUGUCUACAUGUACGCGGCGUGGCACGGCUGGGCCGUCCCCAUGUUCCUGUUUCUCGCCAUCCUCCGCCUCUCCUUGAAUUGCCUCAUCGCCAGAGGCUGGAGGAUCCAGUGGAGCAUCGUACCUGAAGUCUCAGAGCCUGUGGAGCCUCCUAAAGAAGACCUCACGGUGUCGGAGAAGUUCCAGCUGGUUCUGGACGUCGCUCAGAAAGCUCAGAAUCUGUUUGGGAAGAUGGCAAACAUCUUGGAGAAAAUAAAGAAUCUGUUCAUGUGGGUUCAGCCAGAGUUGACUCAGAAGCUGUACGUUGGUCUGUGGGUGGCCUUCAUCUCGUCCUGCCUGCUGCCGUUCAAACUGCUGGGUUUCUUCAUAGGUGUGUACGCAGGUAUAAAGUUCUUCAUCAUCGACUUCAUCUUUAAGAGUUGUCCCAAGCUGAGGCAGCGCUUCGACACUCCGUACAUCAUCUGGACCAACUUACCCACCGACCUGCAGCUGAAGGAGCGCGGCGGCACCACGCUGAGCAGACGGCUGACCGUGACGGCCGGCCGAGGAACCCUCGGCGCCGCAGCUCCUCUGAGCGUCAGCCGGGACGAGGACGGAGGACGAUACUCCAGCACCAAGAGAGGAGCUUUUCACGACGUCUUCAGUCUGCCGGAGAGCGAGCGCCCUCUGACAGUGUGUGAGAACGGCUGGCGCUGCUGCCUCAUCAACAGAGACAAGAAGACACCGACGGACUACAUCCGCAACGGUUACCUCUACGUCACCGAGAACUAUCUGUGUUUCGAGAGCUCCAGCUCCAGAUCUGGAUCCUCAAAGAGGAACAAAGUCAUCAAGCUGCUCGACAUCACCGACAUCCAGAAGUACAAAGUUUUGUCGGUGCUUCCUGGAUCCGGGAUGGGCAUCUCCAUCGCGACGCCAUCCACACAAAAGCCCAUGGUGUUCGGCGCGAUGAUCCACAGAGACGAGGCCUUCGACGCCAUCUUCACUCAGUACAACAAGAUCCUUAACAUGACGACAGCCACCGGCCCGGAGACAUAGUAACACCUCCACAAGAUGGCUGCCGUCUCUCUCUCACACACACACACACACACACACACACACACACACACACUUCACUGUGUUCAUCGCUGACGUCUUCAAACAGCUGCUGAUUUUAGUUUGAGCUGCUCUCGUGUGAUUUGAGCCGCCCCUUCAGUCAUCAAACUAAAUAUUGAUUAAUAUUACAUCAGCCGAUUUCCAACAAAUAUCUGAUUCUAUGUCAGAAUCAGCCAACGACCAAUACGACCAAAACUGACCACUGUUCCUUAACUGUUACAGAAAGCUCCCACAGAACAGACAACUGAACGGCCAUCCUGACUGCUAAUUUACCGUAAAUUCUCAAAUAAUCGCCUGCAUAAACAAAUAGAGACCAAAGCUUUGAGGGUGACGUUAGCUGUGCUACGUGGUCUCACGGGAUAAAUUCACUAUAAACAACAUUUCUGUACAACAGUAGCUCACCACUCAAACACUUUCUGUUUAACAUCAGUAAUUGUUUCCAGUUGCUUCUACUUUUUUAAUUCUAUCCGUGUUCAGCUGCAGUCAGUGAAGCUCAAAACUUCCUGCACAGAUGCUUCACAUUAAAAGCCCUCCAAGGGCACAAUCCCUCCUUUACUUGGUAGGCUUUGUGAAACACGAGCUACGGCAUUGUUGAAAAUCAGUCCGAAAGAAGCAUUUCUGCAUUUUAAUUCCAUCGCCGCGGUUUGUUGAGGCCGUUGUGUAUUUUCAGUUUACUUCCAUGGAGGUACAUUAAGAUAUUACACCAAAAAGUUUACUACACAAUGUGAGGUGACUGUGAGGUGUUGGCAUUUUUGAUAAUUGAUUACUCAUUUAAGUCAAUUAUCAAUCAAAAACUUGAAUCGUUCUUUGUUGAAAACUGAAUAUCUCUGUUUUGGACUGUUCGUCGGGCAAAACAAGACAUUUGAAGACCUUCGAAUCAGUGAAAGUUAUAAAGAGACAGAAAUACCAUAAAACGGAUAAACCCACUUGUAUCAAACAAUAAUAGAUCUCACUUGUUCAUUUUAAAGACUUUGGCGUCAACUAGUGAUAAAACUAAAAAUAUGAUCUUUAAAGUGGGGCUGCAACUUACAAUUAUUUACAUUUAAAUUAAAUAAGUUGGUCUAAAAAAUUUGAAAUUUGGGGGAAUUGUCCAGAAGCCAUCAAUAUAUUUUUCUUUUGUCUGACAAAUAGUUCAAAAUAUUCAGUUUAUAACGAUAGAAACACCGUACUUACUUUCCUUAUGGCAGCGUCACACUGACAUAUUUUACACCGAUUUUUCUGAAGAAAAAGAAAAUGUGUUUUAGACUUACUGUGAAACAACAGAUUAAACUUAUUAUUAGCAGAUUAACAUCUUUAAACCUCAUUAAGUUACAUUAGUGUCUUCAGGGAUUUGUAAAAAGUUCAUCGUACGACUCUGUAUUGUACUUAGCAGCUAAGCCUUACAGUCAGUUAUGGUAUGCUUUUGAUGGUUUGUGUUCUGUAUGAAUGUUCUAGAACAUUCAAUGUAAACCACAGAAUUAACCAACGUAGCUUCUUUUUGUGUCUCAGCUAAAAGCUUCAAAGCUAAAGCUAAUAAUCUAAACCACUAAAUUUACUUCAGUGUCGCUCUUUUUUAUUUUAGCUGAAAGCUAACAAGCUAAAGCUAACAGUGUAAACUAGUAAAUGUACUUCAAUGUAGCUCUUUUUUAUUUUAGCUAAAAGCUAACAAGCUAAAGCUAACAGUGUAAACUACUGUAUUAUUGCGUAAACAAUAUGUUUUUGUGAUAUUGUUCUGACUUGAGAGGGUGUUCAUGAGAUUUGUCCAACGUGGGAACACAUUUUUUAAUUUAUUUUGAUACCACUUGAACGCAGCACAAAUGCCCUAUCUCCCAAUGUUAAAGUAAGCGAAACAUAAUGCGUGCGUAAACAAACAAACAAACGGAUAAAGCGAGCCUAAAACUCACUAACUGUUGUUGAUCUUAACGUUAGCCGACGUGUUUUCUUGUUGGUACGGAGUUUCAGCCUCGACUAAGAGGCUAAACAAAAGGCUAAAAUAUAUAUAUAUUUUAAAUAUGUUGAGCUCCUGUUUAAAGUGUCAAUAGACAAGUUUUUUUGCUUUGACUCAUCAAUAUAUCCUAAAUGUUGUUUGCACGAUGUAAUGGCUACGGCGGUGGAACAACCGACGUAACUUUGGAAAACAAAUUGCAGCCGCAUUGGGAAGUCAUUCUAAUAUAAUAUAUUUCUUUCUUUCUUUCCCCCAAUGGUCUGAAUAAAUACAAUUUACUAAAGCUAAUAAGUGGCCUUUGAGUAAAACGGAAAGCGAUCAAUAACACCACUUGUAAACGCGAGAGGGGGAAAGUUGAAAAGUUGUCUAUUGCCACUUUAAGUAUAACUUCUUUUUUUUUUCCUAACCGGCUAAAGCUAAACAAGCUAAAACAAAACGGUGACAUUUUUUCUGUCCAGAUUCUCUUUUUACUUUGUUCAGAGCCGGCAGGUGUUAAACAGAAUAAAUUACAAAACUAAUUUGUUCUCACAAACAAAUGAUUGUUGAGCUACUUGGCUUUUAAGCUUUUAAUUUAAAAUUUGAACCGAGAUAAGUAGACGACGUGCUAACGGGCGUUCUUAGUUUUUACAUUAAUUAAGGAAACCACUUAUUUUGCGUCCUGAUGAAGUGUUUGCUAGCCAGCUAAAGAGCAGCCAUCUUACAUUUUAUAAUAGUGUGUCUGUUCCUGUUCGUCGCCACCAGUCUGUCACUCUGUAUUAACUAUUAACUGUCAGUCUGAAGGCUGUCGCACCAGCAUUUAUUACUUUUAUUUCACGGGAAAUUCACUCAAAAAAAAAAAAUUGUCUAAAAAAACAAACUGUCCAAAAUAGAUCCUUUUUGAUUAAAAUGAGGUAAUGUUUCUGGUAAUAAUUGUUUUUUAAAUUGAACAUACAUUUUAAUGAAAGCGUCAGUAUAACAUUAUAUCAAUGUUUUUAUUCAAACAUGUUUUGAUAGAUCUUUCUCACUUCAGUGAUCGGGCCUCUCAAAGCUCUUUCGUUGCCAAGUAUUUUGUCUUUUGUAGUUUUUGAUUUUGUUUCUCAUGAAAAUAAAAGUUUUAGCUUUUUUUGUUUUUUAUUGUUGCAGUAUUGAUGCCAGUUAUUAACGCCACGUUGCCUCAUCUAGACUGUGUGUUCUGCGCUUCCUGAUUCCUAAUCUUCCUCCGUUUGUUUCGUGGAUUCUCAGGUUUUAGUUUCCGCCUCGUUUACGUUCACGUCUUCUGUCGAGUCUUUCGGAUUUAAUGGUUUUAUAAAAUGGUGUCAUUGUACAAAUAGGUGUUUUUUUUUUUUUUUUUUUGUUUUUUUUUAAAUGAGAUGAUUUCUGUGUUAAGUGAUGUAGAUUUUUUAAAAUUGAAGUAAAAUCAAAUGUCAAACACUGAGUCUUGUUGUUUCUGUGCAGUACCCGCUUCAGCCUGUUGGUGUCAGUAGAGAAUCAUCUGCAGGUUAAAUUCUUCCUCUGUGGUUUCAGAAGGAAAGUUUGCAUCUCUUUUUGAAUCAUUAAGGAGACUGUAUGAACCACAUAUUAAAUAUAAUCAGUUAAUUAAUAUUGACAGGAAUCUCUUAUUUUUUGAUGAGUUAAAACAAUACAGGUUGAAAAACUGAUAAAUAAAUAGCUUUAUAAUGAAUAAGAGUUUAUUAACGGUUUGUACCAAACGAUCAACAGACACAUUUUAUUUCCAUUCCAUCAGUUCAUC